AUGCCAGCUAUUGAAAAAAAAGAAUCAUUUAUAAUAUUAACAGCAUGUAAUUUUUUUGGAUUGUCCACAAACACUUCACUUGAUCCAGAGGAUCAUUCAGUUCUUGAUGUUUUUUUGGAUACACCAACAACACGAGCUAUAUGUGCACGUCCAAAAGACACAAAUGCUUCAUCAAAAUUAAAAUUAACUCAAGAAUUAACAAGUAAUAAAAAAAUACUUGUAUUUUUCAAGUUGAAAUCAUUGACAGUAACAAAUGAUAAUUUUCAUGAGCUUGUUCAAGUUGCAUCAACUGUUGGAAAUUCAAAAUCAUUAUUGAUUGAAGCACUGAGACAAGUAUGGGCACCAACACUAAAUUCAUCUGGUUUAAAUAAAAAUUAUAUUAAAAAGCUAGAAGAUGAUAUUCUUGGACCAAUUAAAUCAUCAAAAUUAAUUGAAGAAGAAUUAUUAUGGAAAAAACGUUGUGAUAAAGCCAAAAGAAAUGAUGAUAAAAUAUUAUUUGAAAAAGUUGAACGUUCAUUGAGUGAAAUACGAGUUGAAUUUGAAAGUGCUGAAACAUCACGUGAUGGUUUAUAUGGUCUUGAGGAUGUUCUUGAAAUUGUUGGUAUUACAAUUGAUGAUCUUUGGAAAUUAGACAGUAAUAUUUAUAAUGAAGAACGUAUGAUGAAUCUUCUUGAUAUUAUUAGUAAUGAAAUUAUAAAAUUAUUACGUGUAUUAAUUGAUGAAUAUCAUAGAACAAAUGGAAAAACAAAUGAUGAUCCAUUUUAUUUGUCAUCAAAUGCAUGUGAAAAAUGGAUUAAUUUUUGUGAAAAAAAUACUAAAAUUUUUUGGCCAAAUUUAUCACUACAUUUAUGGAAAAAUCAGCCAUAUGUGCCUAAAAAAUUUGAUAAAUUUUCUAAAAAAAUUAAAGAAACAUCUGAUAUUCGUAUGCAACAUAAACAAUUAACAAGAUUAUUAACAGAAGCUGAAAGAUUAAGUCUUGGUACUGAUAAUUUAUUAAAAAAUUUUGAUAAUUUACAAAUAAUUUUUGAUAAUAAUGAUGACGAUAAUGAUAAUGAUGACAAACAAAAAAAUUGGGAAAGAUUUAAAAAAAGAUUUGAAGAUGAUAUUGCACCAGCUGAAGAAAGAGUUAUAGAAAAAUUAAAAAAACAAAUAUCAAAUGCUGCAAGUUCAGUUUUACUUGUUGGUGAAUUUCAAAGAUAUGCUAAAUUAAUGAAACGUGAAAGAAUAAAAAUAUCAAUGAGAGAAGAGAGAGAAGCUUUAAUGAGUUCACUUGAUGAUUUAAUUGACAUUUAUCAAAGUGGACCUGAUGCUGGUGAUUUAUUGGAUAUACCUGAAAUAUUACAACAAGUACAAUCAGCAAAAUCAGCUGAAAUGAAGCUUCAAGUAUUAAAAAAUUUAUGCGAAGAACUUCUCUCUGAUUUGCCAAAUUAUAAAGAAAAUAUUUCAAAAAUUUUCGUAGCACUUAAAGAAGCUGAAGGAAAACGACAAAAUCUUGUUGAUACUUGGAUAAAUACAAUUGAAGAAGAAAUUAAAAAUAAAACAUUAAGUCUAUCAACAGACACAGCUGUUGUUGAAUUAAUUGGUUCAAGUAUGAUGAAAGUAAAUUAUAAUUCAAGAUUAACAACUUUAGUUAAAGAAGCAAGAGCCCUGUCUGGUCAAGGUAUUGAAUUACCAAGAAAUAUUAAAGAUUUAGUUGAACGAGCUGGUUCAUUGGCAGGAAGAGCUCGUGCAUUACAACAAAUUGCUAAUUUUCACAAUACAAUUGGUGAUAGAAUGGUGCCAUCACAAAGACCAUUAAUGUUAACAACAGCAAUGGAACUUGCAAGAGCUGUUCGUGGACAAUCAAAAGUUGUUUGGUCAGAUAUUAAAGCUGUUGAUGAUUAUACAUCACAGCUUAAAGAAUUUGUACAAAAAUUUGGUAAACAAAAUUAUGAAUUAGCAUCAAAACAUAUUUAUUUGAGAGAUUUAAUUGCUGGUUUAUUAAAAGGUGAAGUUGUUAAUCUUGUUGGUAGUCAAAUUGUAUGGAAAGAAACAUUACGUAAUAUGCGUAAAAUUGUUGAUGAUGUUGAUAAUAAUUAUGGUAAUACAAAAGCAUGGAAACUUCAUUGGGAUAGACAAUUAUUAAAAGUACUUGGUGUUGCAUAUCGUGCAGCAUUACCAAAUUUAUUACGUAAUAUUCAAGAUAUUACAAUUGAGCUUGUUAUUAGAGAUGGUAAUUUACAAUGGCGUCCACCAAUUGAAGAAAUACGUGCUAAGCUUUAUUCAAGUAUACGUAGAUUUUUAUCAAUACCAAUUAAUUUUCGUGGUGUUGGUGAUAAUACAGUUGAUGUUAAAUUUAGUAGUCUUGUUGAACGUAGUGCAUAUUUAUAUGGUGGUGUUUAUAAUGAGGCUGAAAUUGCAUUAGUUGCAUUAGAACAAUUACGACAAAAAUGGUUACCACUUGCUGAACCAGCAACUAUUGAUAUUGGUAAAAUAUUAAAAGGUAAAUCAUCACAAGAAUGGGAAAAAGCAUUUAAAGAAGCUAAACAAUGGGCACAAGAUGUUGGUAAACUUCGUGGUGGUGAAAUUAAAAUUAAAUGUUUAUGUAUUGAUACAUCAACAACGAGAAAUGAUCUUGAAUCAUCAUCAAGAAGAUAUUGGGAUAGAUUAUCAAGUGAUUUAAGAGCUGAGGCAUCAUCAAGAUUAGGAAAAAUUGUUGAAUUUCUUUCAUCAGUUACAAAAGAACUUGAUAAACGACCAAAAAAUAUUGAACAAGUUGGUGAAGCAUUUUUAACACAUAAAAAAAUUCAACAAGAAUCAACAGGUAUUGGAGAUGAACUUGAAGCUGUCACAGGUCUUGCUAGAGUAUGGACAAGAGAAAAAUUAGAUGGUUUAUCUGGAGCACAUGCAGCUUGGGAAGGUUUAACAGAUCGUCUUGAACGUCAUAAAGCUGUUGUUGCACGUCAACUUGAAGAUGCUAAAAUAAAUUUACGUCAUCGUGGUAUUGCAUUAAAAGAUGAACGUGAAAGAUGGGAAGCACGUUGGUCAACAAAACCACAAAAAAUAACAAUUGAUUGGAUAUCAUCAAUGCGUGAACGUUGGAUAACACUUGAAGAACAAAAACAAUUAUUAUUGCUUGAUUGUGAGGGUGUUGAAAUAAAGUUGAAUGAUAUAUUUGAUGAAGAUACUGAAUUAACAAAUAAAUUUGAGGCUGAACUUGAAGCUGAAGAAUCAAAUUGUAAAUUUCAAGAAGAAUUUUUAAGUGAAUUAAAUAAUCAAGAGGCCGAAGAAUGGAAUGUUGCAAGAAGAAGAUUACAUAGAUUACAUGAUUGGCUUGAUUCUUGGGAUGCUAGAAUUAAAAUACAAAAAACAACAGCUACAAAUGAAUCUAUAAAUUUAGAAUGUCAUAGUCAUAAAAUUGAUACAUUUGUUGAAAAAAAAAUUAAAGAUAUACGUAAUGAUAUUGAGUGGAUUCAAGUAUUACGUGGUGAUGAAAUUGCUGAUGAACAUUGGAAUGAUUUAAAACCAAUAAUUAAUAUUCAAGGAAAUAUUAAAGACAUAACACUUGGUCAAUUAUUAAAAGCAGCAUCAAAUAUUAAAGAAAAUUUUGAUAAAGUUAAAGAAAUAACAAAAAAGGCUAUUGCUGAAAAUGGAAUACGUCAAGCAUUAAUUGAAUUAGAAGCAUGGGAAGCAUCAGCAAGUUUACAUCUUCAAGAAUCAAAAGAUUCAAAAAAUCAUAAAAUUAAUUUAGUUGGUGAAUACAGUGAAUUGCUGGCACGUGCAAGUGAAUUAAAACUAUUACUUGAAGGUGCAAAAGGUGCAUCAGGCUAUGAGAGAUUUUCAGCAAGAGCAUCACGAUGUGAAACAGCAUUAUUUGAACUUGAAGAACGAAUAAAAGUACUUGGUUUAAUACAAAGAAAAUGGAUAUAUUUAGAGCCAGUUUAUAGUAGUGAAGCAGCACCAAAUGAUUCAGGUAGAUGGACACGUGCUGAUAAAGAAUUUCGUUAUUUAAUGGGAGAAGUUUCAAGAGAUCCUCGUGUUCCAUCAUUAAGACGACUUCCAAUGCCAGCACUUGUUAGUUUAAAAGAAAUUUUAGAUCGUUGUCAACGUAGUCUUGAUGAAUUUUUAGAAGAAAAACGUUCAGCAUAUCCUCGUUUAUAUUUUUUGAGUGAUGAAGAUUUACUUGAAUUAAUAUCUGGUAGUCCAAAUGGUCUUGAUUCACAUUUACCAAAAUUAUAUCAAGGUAUUGGCUCAGUUAAAUGUGAUAAUGGCAAAUUAAAAGCAAUUAUAUCACCAGAAUUUGAAAUAUUAAAUUUGCCAAAUUCAAUUGAUACAAAUGAGCCACUUCCAAUUUGGCUAAAAAAUCUUGAAGAUGAAAUAAAAAAAGCAUUAUCACAAAAUUUAGAUAAAUGUUUAAAUGAUAAUAAUAAAAAUACAGUGGUACAAUAUCCAGCACAAAUAUUAUUAUUAGCUGAAAGAAUUAUGUUUACUGAAAGAUGUGAAAUUGCUUUACGAAAUGGUAAAUUAGCAUUAAAAAAAUUAAUUGAAUAUUUAGAAAUUCAACGAGCAAAAUUUCGUGGUCUUGAAGAAUCUGGUGAUAAAUUAACUGCUCAAAAAGCUAAAAGUUUGCUAUUAGAUACUGUACAUCAUUUGGGAAUUUCUAGAAAUUUAUUAAAAACAAUUGAAAAUGGUGAUAAUAUAACAUGGCUAUGGAAUCGUCAAUUGAGAUUUUAUAGAGUUGCAAAUAAUGGAUCAAUUAUUAUAAAAUGUGCUGGUGCUGAAUUUCCAUAUUGUUUUGAGUAUCAAGGUGCUGCUGUUGGUUUAGUAAGAACAAAAUUAACAGAACGUUGUUUUUUAUCAUUAACACAAGCAAUGAAACUUGGACUUGGUGGUAGUCCAACUGGACCAGCUGGUACUGGUAAAACAGAAAGUAUUAAAGCAUUAGCUGCAAUUUUAGGUCGUCUUGUUCUUGUAUUUAAUUGUGAUGAAGGAAUGGAUUCAACAAGUAUGAAAAGAAUAUUAGGUGGUCUUGCACAAGCUGGUGCUUGGGGUUGUUUUGAUGAAUUUAAUCGUCUUGAAGAAAAAACAUUGAGUGCUGUUGCAAUGUUAGUACGUCCAUUGCAAGAAGCUGUUAGAGAUAAACUAUCUCAUGUUAAUCUUGGUGAUCAAAUAGUUAGUUUAAAUCAUCAUUGUUGUGUAUUUAUAACAAUGAAUCCAGCUGGUAGUGAUUAUGGUGGAAGAAAUAAAUUACCUGAUUCACUUGGACGUUUAUUUAGACCAAUUGGUAUGGCACAUCCAGAUAAAACUGAUAUUGUCAAGGCACUACUUGAGUGUUCUGGUUUUCUUGAAGCAUCAACACUUGCUAGACAGCUUGUUGAGACAAUUGAUAUUUCAGAUAAAUUAUUAUCAAAACAGCCUCAUUAUGAUUGGGGUCUAAGAUCACUGAGAUCUGUACUUGAUGCAAUGCCAAAUAAUAAUUCAAACAAUAAAAGUGAAACUGAACGAUUGGUUGAGGCAAUUAAAUCAGCAACACUAUCAAAAUUAACUGAAAAUGAUAAAAUAAAAUUUUUAGGUCUAUUAAAAGAUGUAUUUCCACAAAUUGAUACAACAAUGUCUAUCAAUACUUAUGAUGAUAAAAAAGAAUUUAAAAAAUCAUUAAUUGAAUUGUGUGAUAGUAAAAAUUUAAAAGGAGAUUUAACAGAACGUUGUGAACAAUUGUAUGAUCAUUUAAAAAAUAGAACAGGUGUUGCAAUUGUUGGACCAUCAGGAAGUGGAAAAAGUUUAGUAAUAAAAAUACUUGCUGAGGCACUUGGUAAAAUUGGUGAAAAUAUAAAACGUAUUAUAAUUUAUCCAGGUGCAAUACCACGUGUUAGAUUACUUGGUAAAGUUGAUACACAAACAAGAGAAUGGAAAGAUGGUUUAUUAUCAUCACAAAUAUCAUCAGCAGGUAAUUCAUCAAUUUGGAUUGUAUUUAAUGGUGAUGUUGAGCCUGGAUGGGCUGAAGCAUUAAAUUCUGCACUUGAUGAUAAUAAAUUAUUGACAUUGUCAAGUGGAGUUGGUAUUAAACUUGGUCCUGGUGUUAAAUUUAUAUUUGAAACUCAUAAACUUGCUGGUGCAAGUCCAGCAACUGUAUCGCGACUUGGAGUUAUUCAUCUUGGUCUUGUUAAUCCAGCCGAUUUACUUGGUGCUAAAAAAAUUCAUGAAAUUAAUGAAGAAGCUAAAAAUAUUAUUAUUUCAUAUCUUCCUGGAUUUAUUAAUACUGCCUUGAAGAUAUCUGGUGGAAUGAUUUCAUCUUGUGGAUUAAUUCAAGCUGUUUUGUUACACAUAUCAAAAGCUAUUACUAAAAAUUCCAUUAGUUUUGGAUUAAUUGUAGGAUUAUGUUUGCAAUUGGAAGAAUCAGAAGCUAGAGAAGAAUUGGCAAGAAUUAUUUAUCAAACAAUUGAUUCAUGGUGUCCAGAUCCUCAAAGACCUCUUGAUAUACUUUAUAAUACAGAUAUUGAUCGUCUCGAGCCUUUCAGUGAAAUUCAUGAUACAAUAAAUACCGACAAUGGUCCAAUUUCAAUGUCAAGUCAAUUGAAAAGAGGUCUAUCAACAAUAUUACCAUGGAUUGAAGGAGAAAUUCCAGUUAUUUUACGUGGUCCAAGAGGUGCUGGAAAAUCUAGUCUUAUUUCAGCAAUUUUAGAAUAUUUAAAAAAAGAUUCAGAUAAUUUAAAUGUCGUUUGUGGAUCGUCACUAUUUGGAGCACAAGAUUUUAUUGCAAGAUUAAAAAGAUCAUGUGUCAAGGUGGAAUCAUCAGUCAAUGGACGAAUUUAUAAACCAAGAAUUGGUACUAAAAUUAUUUUAAUUCUUGAAGAUGUUCAUUUGGCUUCAAAAGAUCUUCAGGAAUUAGUAAGACAGGUUGUACAAGAAGGUGGCUUUCAUGAAGAUGAUUUAGAAUUUGCAACUUUACCAAUAACAUUAAUUUGUACAGCUGAUUCAUCGACAAAGCUUCAUCCAAGAUUAAGUGCAUUAUUGGCAGUUCAUCAUUUACCAUAUCCAAGUGCAAAAGACAUAAUAAAUAUUGUUGAAAUACACUUGAAAAAAUCUAUAAAAAAUAUUAAAUUAAUAAAUGAUGCUUGGAUAUUACAAUUGGCAACUUCAAUGCAUGAUGCACUUGCUGGAAUUUCAUCAGUCAAAGAAUCAAGCUUUAACUGGACACCAAAAGAUUUAACAAUUUGGGCAGAGACAUUAAAGACAUAUCCAGUACCAGAAAAUACUGAUGAAAUUAUACUCUAUCUUUUGGAUGCUGGAGAAAGAUUAUUUUAUCCAAAAUUACUUGUUAAAGAACAAACACGUUUACGAGCAUCAAUAAUUUCUCGAAACUCUGAUUACAAUGAAGCAACAAAAGAUGUCUACAUUUGGAAAGGAGGAAACACAGCCACGCUAGUUCCAUUAUCAAUUGAAGAAUGGAAUUUAGAAAUUAUUAAUACAAUUGCAAAAUGUACAAGAGAAGGUGAAGAAAUAAAAGCAACAUUAUCAGUUAAUCUUUUAGAUAAAAUAGCUGGUCUUUGUUGGGCUUUUGGCUCGGAUAAUCAUGGAAUUAUUUUAGCUGGUCGUCCUGGUGCUGGUAGAAAAACAGCAACAAAACUUGCUGCUGCAUAUUCAUCACUUAGAUUUAUUGAUUCGGCACCUGGACGUGGUAGAGCUGGAAUAAAAGCAGCAGUUCAUUCAGCUGGUAUUGAUGGUGAAAGAACUUUAUUAUUACUUGAGGAAGAUCAUGCACGUGAAGAAGGAUUAGCAGUAUUGGCUGGUGCUAUUAUAUCACGAGGUGAAAUACCUGGUUUAUUAACACCUGAAGAGCUUGAUGGUCUUGUUGCUCCAUUAGCUGAUUUUUCUAGACAAGAAGAUUUUACAGGAACACUUGAUCAAUAUCUUUAUCAUCGUUUAAAAAAAUUUUUACAUGUUGUCAUUAUUAUUGACUCUUCAGAAUUAAAAAAAGAUUGGCUUGUUACAUCUGGUCUUGUUGAACAAUGUUGUUUUGUUGCUGAUUCACCAGGAAAUGAAUGGUGGACAAUGGAAUCAUCACUUACUAAUUUGGCAAUGAAAAUAAUUGAUACACAAUCAAUUUCACCAGGUCUCAAGACACUUGUUGAUGUACAUUUACGAAUUUCACGUAGUCAACAAUCACCUGCACGAUUUUUGGCACUUUUACAAACAUGGCAAGAGCUUAAAAAUAAAUGGAGUCAAGAUAUUCAUGAAAAACUUGAAAGUCUUGAAGCUGGUAUUAGUCGAUUAAGUGAAGCAGGUGAUAGAGUUGCUAAAUUAGAAAAUGAAGCAAAAAAACAACGAAAAGAACUUGAAGAAGAAAAAGGUCGUGCAAAUGCAGCACUUGAACAAAUAACAGCAACAAUGCGUGGUGCAACUGGUCAACGUGGUGAAAUGUCAACAUUAAAAAUAAAUACUGAGCAUGAAAGUAAAGAAUUAGCUCGUCGUAAAAUAGAUAUUGAGCGUGAACUUGGAAAAGUUGAGCCUCUUGUUGAAGCUGCAGCUCAAUCAGUUGCUGGAAUUGGUAAUGAUGCAUUGGCUGAAGUACGUUCAUUACGUGCACCACCAACAGCUGUACGUGAUGUUCUUGAGGGUGUAUUACGUUUAAUGGGAAUAAAAGAUACAUCAUGGAAUAGUAUGAAAACAUUUUUAGCAAAACGUGGUGUUAAAGAUGAAAUACGUACAUGGGAUGCACGUCGUAGUACAUCAUCAAGUUUAGAUGCUGUUGCAAAAUUAGUUAAAGAACGUUCAGAAUCAUUUGAAGAAAAAACAGCUAAACGUGCAUCAAUUGCAGCAGCACCAUUGGCUGCUUGGGUACUUGCUAAUCUUCAAUAUGGUCAAAUAUUACAACAAGUUGCACCACUUGAACGUGAACAAAGAAUUUUAGCUGAUAAAUUAUCAGCAGCUGAAGCACAAAUUGAUAGACUUGCUGUUGGUCUAACAUCAGUUGAAUCACGUGUUGCAAAAUUACAAGAACAAUUGGCUGAACAUUCACGUGGUGCUGCUGCAUUACAAUUACGUACUGAAUCAACUGAAUCAAGUCUAGCAACAGCAAGAGCAUUAUUACAAAAAUUAAAUGUCGAACACAGUGAUUGGCAGAGUCAAUUUGAAGAAUUAACUGCAAGAAAACAACGUUUAGAUAUUGAAGCAGCUGAAGUUGCAUCAUUAUUAGUUUAUCAUGCUCCAGAAAUUAAAAAAAAUAAUGAUGAUAAUGAUGUUGAUGAUGAUAAAUUUCGUAAAUCUGCAAUUGAUUUAUUAGUUUCAGAAAGAGAAAGAUUGCUUUGGCGUGCACAAGAUUUACCAGGUGAUACUGGUAGUAUUAUUGGUGCUGCUUGUGCACUUAAAGGACCACUAGUUCCGCUAUUUAUUGAUUCAUCAGGUGUUGCUGUAACGUGGAUUAAAGCUAAUCUUGGUAAUCAACUUGAAAUAACAAAACCAGAAGAUUCAAAAUUUUUAACAACAUUAGAACUUGCUGUUAGAUUUGGUAAAGCAUUACUCAUUGAAGAAAUUGUAGAAUUACCAUCAGUUUUAAUUCCACUGUUACGAAAAAAAUCACUACGACUUGGAGACAGAUCUUUGCCAAGUCAACAAGGUUUUAAAUUAUUUCUUGCAACAAGAAGAGAUUUAUUUGACUCUAUACCAAGUGAAGCUGAGGCUGUUUUAUUUAAAAUUAUUCUUGGUGCAGGCUCAAGAAGUUUAGCAGAGAGAUUUGUUGAAAAAGCAUUGUUAAUUGAUACACCAGAGCUUGAAAAACAAAGAAGACAAGCAUUAGAAAUUGAAGAAAAAUUAUCAGGUGAACGGGAUGCUGCUAGACUUGAUCUUUUGAUACAAUUGGGUGCAACAAAAGGACAAGAUUUACUUCAAGAAUCACAAUCAAGUCAAGGUGGCAAUAGUCUUUUAAAUUCUUUAGAAGAAACACAAAAAAAAGCUCAAGAAAUUGCCAAGGCACUUGAUGAAAAUAAAAAAACUCGUGAACAAAUUACAAAACGUUCAAAGGAUCAUGAAAGAUUAGCAAAAUAUGCAGCAUUAAUUUUUAAAGCAAUUAAAUCAUUAACUUCAUUGAGUCCUUUGUAUGUUUUUUCUGUUGAAGAAUUUACGGAAAUUUAUUUAGAAGCUGUAUGUGAAAGAGACACCACAACAACAAAUGAUAAAAAAGAACAAGAAAUUUAUUUAGAAAAAAAAUUAAUAUCAUUAACUUUGAAUUAUUGUUGUAAAGUUGCUUAUAGAAAACAUCGUCUCACAUUGGCUCUGUACUUGGCACUUAAUCUUGAGCCAGUUCCAGAUAAUGAACGAGCAUUAUUGCUCGAUGCUGGUGCGGCAAUUAAAAAAGAUGAUAAUUUGGAAUUUCAAAUUCCAGAAUGGAUACCCGAGGAACGACGAGGAGCUGUUAAAAAUCUUGUAAAUUGUUUACCACAAGUUGUAAAUAAAUUAAAAAAAGAUUGGAUUUUAGAUCCAAUGAAUAUACAAAAAGACGAAAAUUUAAAUAGUUUUCAAAAAGUAUUAGUUGUACAGGCACUGAGACCAGAUCAUUUACACUCGUCAUUGAGUAAAUAUGCAGCAAAAAAAUUGGGUGUUAAAAAUUUAGCACCACCAGCAUGGACAAUAGACAGUGAAAUAAAUAAUAAUAAAAAAUUAAAUAGACCUGUGCUAUUACUUUUAUCACCGGGUGCUGAUCCUGGACCAGAAUUACGAGCAUUAGCAUUAAAAAUGAAAAUUCCCGAAGGUUUUAUUGAAAUUUCAUUGGGUCAAGGUCAAGUUGAACAGGCUGAAGCUGCUCUUGAAAAAAGUUGUCGAAAUGGAGGCUGGAUAUUAUUGAGUAAUCUUCAAUUAGCUCUAAAUUGGCUUUCACGUCUUGAUAGUAUUUUAAGAAGUCCUCUUUGUACUAGAGAUAAAAAAUCGACAACUAGAAUUUGGCUGACAACUGAAGAAUGCAAUAAUUUUUAUCCAGGAUUAGCUGGACUUUGUCAUAAGCUUGCAUAUGAACCACCUGAAGGUGUCAAAAGAAAUCUCAAAAGAUCUUUACGUCAAUUAUAUUCUCAUGGAUCACAAUAUAAAAAUUCCGAGGGAAUAUUUGUCUUGGCUUGGCUUCAUGCUGUUCUUCAAGAACGUCGAAGAUUUGUUCCCCAAGGCUGGAUUCGUUCAUACGAAUGGUCAGAGGCUGAUCUUGAAGCUGCCCAUCAAUUAAUUCUUGAUAAAGUCAUAAAAUCAAAUUCAAAUAUUGAUUGGGAAGAGGGUCGUGGAUUACUUGAUGUGGCAAUUUAUGGUGGAAGAUUGCAGGAUAAAUUUGACAUGCAAACAUUAGAAGCAAUACUACGUGAAAUUUGGUCAUAUGAUAUAUUUAAUGGAAGAAAAAAAUUGGCUGGUUUAUUAUCAGUUACAGAUGCAUGUAAAAAUGAUCCAUUUAUUGCAAUUGAAAGACUACCUGAUAAUGAUGGACCAUUUGAAUUUUUUGGCUUGUCAGCGAAUGCUGUUAGAGCAUGGGAACAUUCAACAUCUGAAAAUGUUAUUUUAACAUUGAAAAAUAUGUCAAGUAAAUCACUGAGUAGCCAUGAGAGACGUACAGUUAAACGUGCUGAAUUAAAAAUACUACGUGAUUUAAAAAUUAAUAUUGAAAAAUAUUUUAAAAAAUAAAUAAGCAGUGAAAGUUUAAUGGAAGACAAUAGUAUUAUUAAACAAUUUUUCAUUGAUGAAUUAAGAUUAACAUCAGAAUUAAUGUCUAUGAUUAAAAAUGAUUUAGAAAAAAACAUGAUUAUUGAUAAUUUAAUCACACCAAGUAAAUGGUUGGAUAAAUGGCCUGAAGGACCUGGUGAUGUAAUGAAUUUUGUAAAUGCAUUGAUAUCACGACAUUGUGCAAUAUGUGGUAAUAUUGAACCAUCAAAAAAAAUUGAUUUAUCAUGGCUAUUAAGACCAAGAGGAUUUUUGGCUGCAUUUAAACAUUAUACAGCGAGAGAAUGUGGAUAUUCAAUUGAAGGACUAACACUACGUGCUAAAUGGAUGGAUAAUUCAACUAAAAAUGAUUGGAAAUGCUAUGUUAUUUUAGAUGGUCUUUUGAUCUCAGGUGGUAAAAUUGAUUAUAAUGGAUGUCUCGAAGAAGUAGAUGAAAAUGCUCCAUCAAUUAUUAGAACGCCGAGAUGUCAACUGGCUUAUGUUGUCAAUGACAAUGAUGAUUUGAAUAUUGAAAAUGACAAUACGAUAUAUGUACCAGUUUAUGGUGAUUCAAGUAGGAAACAAUUCAUUUGUGCUUUACCAGUUGGAUGUUUGGAUGAACAACGUGAUUAUUGGCUCAAAAAGAACGUCAUUAUUCAUUUUGGUACAAAUUAAAAACAAUUAUAUGUAACGAUAAAUUUAUUAAACUUGACAGACGAUGAAACGUGGUCUUUGAUAUUUGAUUAUAUUAUUUCCUAAUAAUUAAGAAGAAUCAAU